CCACUGGGAAUGCAAAAUGGCGAUAUACWAAACACUAGUUUAAUAUCCGGACCAACCUUUAAUAAUGACACCGCAAAYUAUGGUGCCCAGCUCGCACGCCUCCAUUCACCACAGGGAUACCGUGGAGACAUAAAGGCACCAARAACUUCGUGGAUUUCUAUUGGACUAGGGCAUGGUGUAAUUGUUACGGGAAUAGCUGUCCAAGGAUAUGGUAACGCAACGGUCAAAGAGUGGGUCACGCAAUUCAGUUUGCUAUAUUCAAAGAAUGGAAGUGCUUUUAAACCAGUGCGUGAUUUGAAAAGUAAAUAUGCUAAAUUUUUAGGUAACAAGGACAGGGACUCGGUUCAAAAGAUGGAUUUACCCUUUCCAGUAGUAGCGUCCACUAUCAUGUUCAUACCAUUACAAUGGCACAAUAAUGUAGGGCUUAGAUUGGAAUUAUACGGAUGCAAKCAGGAUUUUUAUUUCACGAUAUAUAUGUUGCUUGAUAAACGAGCUUUCACAAUGGCAUUACGAAGCAGUAAGAGCUUUGAGUACAAAGUUGCAAAAGAAGAAGUCUUUCGAGAGGUGAAUGGAUUUGCAGAUCAAAUUCCUGGAUUUUUGGACUUUGUCUUCAAAAGAUUUAGUCCACAGGAAAGUGUGACCACCAGUGDAACUCUUGUAGCAGUGGAGCUUGACAUAUACUGCAUUGAGUCGAGUAUUUGGUACCUUGUAGCGAAGCUCAAAGAAGAAAUUCGUAAAAGCGAUCUUUUUGAAAGAGAGUUUUUCAAGAUAAAAUAUCCAAAAAGCAGGGCAUGUCCAUCACCUGACCUCAAUAUACUACCAAUGACCGACCACGAUUCAAAAACACUAACUCUCCUUAAGAGCUCAUUGCCUGUUUUCCAAGCUCAUUURCAACACCAGUGCAAGUCUGAGAGACAACUGCUAACAUGGAAGACUGGCUUUGUAGACGAAGAAAGUGGUAUUCUGUCCCCUUUCAUGCUCAGCCCAGUUACCUCUUAUAACUUAACAUUAGGAACGUACGCUCUCAAAAGCCGGCUGAUUUUCCUACAAUGUACAGUGUCUAUAACUGUUGGAGGUGAAACGAGCUUUCUACAGGACUACAUAUUCAUCAGGAUCAUCAAUAGAAGCAUUCCAGUAAGAGUGAUGGUGCCUUCACAAGAAGAAGCAAAAAACAGGAUCCAGAAUGUCGAUGGUGAACUAGAUGAGUUAGUUAGGAAAGGUGAUGCAAGCAAAGUCGCUGAUAUGUCAUUGUUUGCACUCUCCUUGAUGAAAGCCUAUGUCCAAGACGAAGACACUGAAACUAAGGUAAAGGAUGAUAUUAUCACUCAUGUUAGUGGAAUGAACAUCACAUCUGUUGAAACCUCUUUGAAGUGCGCCGCUAUUCUWAAACCAUCCACAGAACAAACAAAAGAGCUCUCUCAACAAACUCAGGACAACGCUCUAGAAUUAAUUGAAAAAGUUACCAAUGUGAUGACUGAAGAAGUGGAAGAACUAGAUUCACGCAAUGAAACUACCAAAAUUACACUUCAAACRGCUGAGUUCUUUGGUGAUGGUGUGAUUGGUGGUUUGAGUAACAUUAUCGAUCCUGUGUUUGUUGAACAGAUGUCAUCAAUUGCUCCAGCAGACGCAACCGAUAGAAAGGACCGGCCGAAUAAAACCGAUCGAAGCAGUGAGAUACCGAAACGUACAGUUUUCAUGGCGACAAAGGUAGCCCAAGCAUUGUCAUCAAUAACAGAAGUUGGUGAUGGUCCCAGRUUUAUUAGAACAAAAAAUAUUGCCCUUCGUGUGGAAAAGGACAUUCCCAACUCAUUUGACAAGAAAAUCAUUAAGGAGURUAAAAGUACUAUAGAACUACCUCCUCUAAAAGAUGUUUUGUCAAAUGUUAAUGGGACAGUCGAAGUAAUUGGAAGCCAGCUUCUAGAAUACAAGAAUAAUCCAUUCGACUGGCACUCRAGUUCCAAAUCCAUCAGAACAGGAAUCAUUGACAUCACCUUGUCACGCAAUGGCAAGAAGAUGAAUGUAGACUCACUGGAAAACCCUAUCAACCUUUAUCUUCCAAAUACUGCUAGUAACAGCCGACGCAAAGAACCACAAAUAAACUUCUUCCUAAGACCGAUUACAAACAUUAUUGAUCUGAACAGCACAGCGAAUAUGAACUAUCACGUGAUCUACCUACCAUCCGAAUACUUUGUAGCUAGUUUGCAAGUGAUUCCAGAAAGGGGCAAUCUUCUAGAGGUUUAUAUMCGUCCGAGAAAAAGACCUUCGCCUUUGAAUUACACUGAUUUUUAUAUUAUACCAGACCUAUCGUCUUGCAAAGAUAAAAACAUUUUGACUUUUAAUUUAAGUCUUUGCGUCGAAGAUCCAUACAGAAUACAGUUUACUAGCAAUACGACUGGUUCAACUGGCCUGCAUUAUAUUGGCAUUCGUACUUUGGAAAGGCCAUCCCAUAAGCGAUCAAGAAGAAGUAGAGGKACCAACUGGGAAAAGACGUUAAAUCCAGAUUGGGAGAGGUUCCGUACUAAACGCAGUGAGAAUGGACUGUGUAUUAAAGUAAAGGAUCCGMUUACCUCCCCACCAAAGUUAAUCGCCCCUGUCUAUAACAUUGACACCGACGUCAAUUAUACGUUUUCGACGUACUUCUCUUCUUGUUUAUUUUGGUCUGAGACAAAAGAARCGUGGGAARCAAGAGGUUGUAAGCUUGGAAAUAAUUCCAAUUCAAGCUACGUGCAUUGUGUAUGUCAUCACAUGACAGCUUUUGGCGGGGACCUUUUCGUGGCUCCAAACCCCAUAGACUUUGAUCUCGUGCUGGCCGAAUUCAGCAGAAUGGGGGAGAGUGGUAACUAUGUUGUCCUKACAACAGUGUUACUUCUGUGGGCUGCCUAUUUUUCAGGGCUUAUAUUUGCCAGAAGAGCUGACAUGCUUGACAAAAUGAAGGUCAUCAAUUGUUCAAUCAAUGGCUUCGAUAAACAAAUUGGUCCUAGGAAAACCUACAAAAUAUCKAUUCAAACUGGCCUUCGGCCUGGCGCAGGAACKACAGCUAGUGUAGCCCUGAUAUUACACGGYRUUGAWGGGUCWYUUCCRGUCUAYUUGAACAAUGAUGACCCAGAAAAACUGCUUUUUGCAAGAGGCAGUGUGAAUACMUAUUGGAUUACAACAUCAGAGAACAUAGGUGAGCUGUUUAAAAUAAAAAUAUGGCACAAUAACACCGGRACAUCMCCAUCCUGGUUUSUCUCGGACAUCGURGUUGAGGAGGAAACAUGUUCCAAACGAUGGCAUUUCCUGAUUAACAAAUGGCUUGCUGCAGACAAGGAAGGGAUUAUAACUGAUGUAGUSAAAACAGACMAUGAUGAAGGAAUGAAGUUGAAAAACAGGUUCCUGUCACGGGCUGCUAGACAGUAUUCAAAUUCUCAUUUAUGGCUUUCCUUAUUUACUAAGAGUGUACACAGUACUUUUACACGCUGCCAGAGACUKUCUUGCUGUUUUCUUGUGCUGACUUCAACUAUGGUAACCAAUGCAAUGUUCUAUCAGUUCAGUUCUGAAACAACGGAAUCGUUUAUGAUUGGUCCAUUUAAAGUWAGUCUAAGGAGUAUUAAAACAGGGAUACAAGCCGCUCUUAUCACUCUACCAAUCAACGUUGCUGUUGCGUUCAUCUUUGAAAAGGUUAAAUCCAAACAAAGAGCAAUUGAAGGAGAAUUGGUCAUAUUCGAAGAAAAUCCUCAAGGCUUUAUUCCACGCUUCUUUUACCCAAUGGCAUGGUUCUUAUGCGUGACUGGMUCUGUCCUGUCGUCCAUAUUCACUGUGUUCUAUAGCUUAAUGUGGGGAGCCACUGUAUCCAAUCARUGGCUUACUUCAACCAUGAUAUCAUUCAUUCAAGAUGUCAUCGUCAAUCAGCCAAUCAAAAUCUUCCUACUAGUMUCCUUGUUGUCAAUGAUCAUCAAAAAGCCAGUUGAUAGUCGUCAAGAUGUYGGUGCUUCCGUAAAGAGGGACAUCCUUGAUUCSUAUAAAAUYGAUACACCCUCUACAACUGUUUUGUCUAAAGCGCGAGAUAUUUUGAUAGCAACAUCCACUGCAAAGACGUUUGUGGUGGAGAUUGCAUUYUAUAUGCUAUUCAUGAUCCUUGURUUUGUUGUUUGYUAUGGCAAUGUAAGCAAUGAAAGRKUCCRGCAAACUACAUCUAUUCAAACGAUUUACAAAGAUUUUGAUCAGGUUACAGAUUCGGCAUCCUUCUGGCUUUGGCUUGAAAAGGACACAAUUCCCUUCCUUUUCAAUAACACGUGGUAUAACGGAAUGAUGUUUGAAGGUCCUGAGGGCUUUUUGAGCAAUAGGGAGAUGUUUCUGAUUGGGAUGCCUCGACUCAGGCAAUUACGUGUUAAGUCAGAUAAUUCCUGCUUGUCUGAAACACCAAGACAACUGCAGCAUUUUUUCACAUCCUGCCUUCAAGAGUACAAUAUAUUAACAGAGGACAAAACCCAGUACAGCCUUCCAGGUUGGCAGCGUCCUCCAAUCGACUUGGACGUCAAUUCUUCAGAGGAAUUAAUCGACAAUUAUUGCCCAAAACCUUGGAGGUACUCUAGUUUYAAAUCUAUCCAGACAUUGCCAUAUAUGGGAGAUAAUGUUUUAUAUGGAGGGGGAGGCUUUGUUGCUGAUUUGGGCUACAGUAUUACAACGGCAUUAAGCGUCGCAAGUAACUUAAAGGAAAAUAAUUGGACAGAUGACAGCACUGCAGCAGUGUUUGUUGAGUUCACUGUAUUCAGUCCAACUACAAUGCUGUUCAGUUCUGUAAAGCUACUUUUUGAGAGAUUUCCCUACGGAGCAACGACCACUUCAUUGCGUAUCAACACUUUUAAUGUUUAUCCAACAACCAAUAAAACAUUCCUACAGCUUUGCCAGUUCUUUYUAAUGAUAAUGAUCAUCAUURCUAUUGGAAUGGAAAUWGCACAACUUCGUAUACAAAGGUUUCAGUAUUUCAAGGAUAUCUGGAACAUAGUGCAAUGGAUACAGUUAGGAACYGUGGUUGCAUCCAUUGUSAUGGCCUAUUUCAAGGAAAGCUACACAUCAAAUUUCUUAACGCGAGUAAACGAGAAUCCUUUCCAGACUUCAAGCACCGAUUACAUAGUCUUGUGGUCUGAUCUCGAGACAUUGUUACUAUCAUUUGUCAUCUUUAUAMUGACAAUUAAACUUCUACGAAUAGUACGAUUUAAUAAUUAUGUACUUAAGCUUUACASAAGUAUGCAAGGAACUAAGAAGAUGCUAGGACCCUUAUGUGCCUUAUUUGUCGUGGUAGUCACAGCGUUAUCGCUUAUGGCCUAUGUAUUGUUUGGGCAUUAUCUUUACAGCUUCUCAACRUUCAGUAGAACAGUGCUGAAGCUUGUUCAUCAGUUAGCCGGRGGGAAAUUGUUUCAAAGGGCGACACACAUUUCAAAUACAACUAUAGGAAUUAUUUUUGGCCUUCUUUAUGCAUCAACAACAUCUCUUAUACUAGUUAAUGUUUUUCUCUCGACUAUUAUGGACMGCUGGGUCGAURAAAAGGACAAAGAUAUUCCGAAAAGAGGUGUASAUCCSAUGGAAAUAAUACAAUCAUGGAUGAAAAAACCKUUUAAAAUGCGUAAGAAAAGAGCAAGRAGAAGAAACAAUUGUCGAAAGUAUGCAGUUUUGGAGAUCAACAGUAACAAGAAACUCAACGUGCAUCGAUUGGAUGGCAAAGCAAAAUACGUAGUUUUAUAUGAGCAGAAUAAUUAUUUAUAAUAAGAAUAUUUAUGAUUUUUUUUCCUGUUGUAGACUAAACCGUGAACCAAAUAAGUGUGUACAAAAUAAUAGUACAUUGUGCAAUAGUAGACGUUUUUAGAGUGAAGUGAGUAAACACGUGAAACAAAAUUUGACUAUUAAAGUGUAAAAGUGAAUAGACACAAAGGAAAACAAUGGAAUUAGACAGUAUUAAAGUGUUUUAGUCGAUAUAUUUUUAAUAUUUUUCCUACUUCACUCUAUAUUCGUGAAGCAAAAAGUAGUAAUCACUACUAAAUAGUGUUGAUUAGAUAUUAUAUUAUAGCUCAAUUCUAACACGCGCGCUGAUUGGCGGAUUUCAUGAGAAAAGCUAUGAUUUAUUGCGCCGCUAAACCAGCCUUCUUUCAUGAAAGACUUUUGAGACUAAAUGUAUGUAUGUUUUUUUACUUUCUUUUAUUUUCUGAUAUAUAAAAGCUGUUUGUGAUUUACAGAUCUCUUCUCGUGUUCUUCCAAAAAUCCCAUGCGCGGUUUGUUUCGCCAGUAAACCGCUUCAAGCUAUCGUUAUUGCUUAAUAAACGCAUGGAAUUAGCAUAAUCUACAACGAUUAUGUAUUCAAGUUUCACGGAUUGAUCAGUGCGUCAGCUAUAAAAAUCAAACACUAGAACGAGGACAUAAAACGCGUGAAACCACGAUUGAAACAAACCUUGACUAUCAAAGUGUGAUAGUCAAAUAGAAGCAAAAGAAUGCAAUAUCUCCUCUCGGCGCUAGGAAACAAGUUGCGCGAGGAGCCUGUGGUUUUGCACCAAAGCAAGGCAAAAUCGGGCAACAUCCCACAAAAAUGUCAUCUUUGAGCUUGUUUAUCAUUUUGCAAUACCAGGAAAAUUAUUUUUUUAAUGGUGAAAAAAGGCAUAGCUUUGAUAGUACUUGACAGACACUCUUGUUCAUUUGAGGGCUGCAGCAAACAUGUUGCCCGCUUUGGUUUUAACCGCGAACAGGUCAAUUAGAGUGUACUACCGUACGGUGUAUUGGUGUAGUAUGCUUUUAUUAGUAUAACAUGCACUUAAUUAUAUUGCACUAUUUACCAAUAUUUGGUUAAAUUUAAGUAAAAAAAAAACCUUAUAGAAUAAAAGAACUGAUAUAUUUUCAUUUGAAUAUGUUGAACAAAUACGAUGCAUGUGAUAUACGUAUGUAUAUAAACAUUAUAUUUUUUUGAUUAUGCAAAAGAACUCGAUUUAUGUACACCUAACUGAAAAAAACGUAGUUGGGUUCCAAAAGGUUAAAUCAUGAAAGCUUAGGACGAAAGAGACUAUGAAAAAGCAAAUAAUUUGAGUAUAAGAGUGUUUCAGAGUCAAAAGAUUGACUGCACUGAAUGAAAUCACCUCUUCGUGUUUAGCUAUAAUAAAAGAUGUUCAGUUAAAUUUAAUUGAAUUUUUGAGUACUUUCUGAAUCCUCUUCGGAGUUUCAGUUGGUGAUAUCACCUUUUGCGACCCGAAUACGUUCGAAAAUAGGUCUAAUUGAAUGAUAUUUUAUUAGUUAUUAUCAAUGAAAUAGGGUACGUGCGUUUCUUACUUUCGAUCGCACCGUGCAACUGUAUCUAAGUAGUAGACUUAUUUGUACAUACUGAAAUAAGACCUGAAGUAAGAUGGUAUUGAAUGCUUCAUUUGUAUCAAUUUAAGUUAAUUUGUGUACCGCAUGUACGAUUUACAAGAUACAACUAAAUAGCACUAGUUUGUACAGUUGCACGGUUUAAGUGCGAUCACUACUCUAUUUUCAAGAUCAACCAGCAUCUCUUAAGAGCUUUUG